UGAGACCACCUCAUUUGCAUGGUUAAAGCUUGCAACUAAGGAAAAAUGCCUGUCUUGAUAAAUUCUGUUAUUUAUAUUUUAUUCAAUUAUCCUCACAACUUACAGAUCAGAGCAACCUGGCAAAGGCUAGUUCCGUCGCUAUAGCCCUCCAGUACACACUUGUUUAUCUUCUAAGCAUGCAUCACCUUCUCUGCUUUGUUGGCAUUUAAAUUACAAUAACUUACCAUCACAGAAGAAAAAUGGAAUUGUUAUUGGCGUGAAGUACCAAAACUUUCCCCUUUUUUUUUUCAUUUUGUUUCGUGAUGAAUUGGAAUUAGAAAACUACACAAAGUGAUGAGAUGGUGAUGAUGUUUUGAUCUCAACGGCUUAGAUGAAUCAAAAACUAAAACCAGUCCUCCAAAUGAUGCCACUUCCUUACCAAAUCCCUUCAGUGGGUGAGAUCAAACUUGGAAAAAGACGCACAGAAAAUACAGCCACGAAAGGCACGUGACCGUCCAUCCUAUCUCAUCCAUAAGAAGGCGACUACCCACGUGUUAAAGCGUAUCAGAAGGAAAAAAAAAGUUUGGCUUUUUUCGGCUUCGCUCCUUCCUCCUGCGGCGGCGGCGCACUGCUCUGCUUGCAUUACCUAAGUAAAGCAAACCCAAGCCACCCUCUCCCCUACUGCCUCCUCUUCAUAUACCAGUGCAUGUGUGCUUUUGUUUCUUUUCACAGUCAAAAUUCCUUUCUCGUUUACCCUUGUGUUUCUUUUUGGCCUGGAAGAGGAAAGUUUUGAUCUUUCUUCUUCCCAGUUGUUUAAUUUCUGUUCUGUUCUGAAAAACAGAUGUAUAUGGCUCUGGGGAAUCGAAAUUUUGCUAAUAUGGGUCCAACUCCGAUUCUGAGGAGUGACUCGUCACUUGGAUACACAGAGCAGAACUCGUUGAUGAUGGAGAAGAGACGGUUGUUCCUGAGAAGCUAUCAGUUCUGCAGAAAGAAGAGUCUAACAGAAAGAAUCAAGCUAUCUUUGUUCAGAGUGAAGAAAGUGAUGUGGCUGAGACUAAGAUCUGCUCGUAAACUUCGAAGGUUGGUGUGGUCUAGACUGCGUUGUGCUUUCUACUGCCGCCGGAGAAGAAGUUUUCUCCGUCUCCGUAGUCCCAAUCACCAUUACUACUACUCUUCUUCUUCCUGCUUCUGGUAGGAAACGCUCUGUUUUCUUGAUACUCUGUUUAUGAUCAUCUUGAAUAUUAUGUCUAGCCAAGAAACGCUUAAACAUCUUUAUUUAGAUCGAAAUAGCAGAUUUUUAUGUAAACUUGUUUGCUAUAUGUGGGAUGUUCCAAAUCUCUCCAAAUCUGUAUUCUAUCAAGAAAUUCUCAACUGUUAGCAGAUAGAGUUAAUCAGUUUCAUGUAAUAUCAAGUUCAAUGAAGCCAUGAAUCUUUCACCAAAA